GUACAGGCCACGACACGGCAUGCACUACGUGAUUAAGACUAGAGAGUGGCUUAAAAGGGGCCCUCAUAUAGUCUACAUGUGCAGAUACCUAAUGAUAUCUGUAUCAUCUACCAGUGUAGUACAAUGGAAGUCCCCGACACACACGAAUGCAUCGAGCAGAUACUCGAUCACACCAAGAUACUCUACACUAGAUGCUUCAAAGAUGCAGAGCCGGACUUUGAGCACUUCUUCUAUCAGGUGCACAGCCUGCUUAAGAUAGCCAUCAAGCUAUUUGCUACACUCAAACGCACACACGAGGGCUCUGGAGGUGCCGUGCAUGCAAGUACAAGAGCGAUGCUGUCGUAUGUGCAGUACAUGCGCAACCAUCAGGAUGACUUUACGGGAUUACCAGAAGCAGCACGUUUGUGCAGGAAGGGAAUACAAGAACUGCUGAAUCAUACGGAGAAAACAUACUUUCCGGUGGUCGAUUGCGUACUUCCGUGUAACAUGGCGAAUAAUUGUAAGCCUGAGACGGGCGUGGCCUGCCGGGUGACGGAAAGUAAACGUAAAGCGAAAUGGGAGGGGAAUAGCAAAGCGACAAAUAUAGCUAACAAGGAUACGGCCAACACUGUGUCAUUUGAUCAUACGCAAGACUCUAAGCGAACGAAAGUGGCCGCUGGGGAAGCGAAGUAUACGCCACGUACUGGUGUGGAUACAAUUAAUAUUGAUGACUGACAAGACAGUAACUACUAUUUGUGCCUGAAUAUGUCAGCAAGUAUAUUUCAGUACUGGAGAUCAAUCAGAGAUCAAUCAGUCGCAUGGAAGAUGCUAGGCGCUUGAAAGUGGCUUUCACCCAUACACCGCGCACUGGUGUGGAUGUCAUUAAUAUCUGUGCCUGAAUAUAUCUGCAAGUAUACUUCAGCACUGGAUCAGUUUGUCGUUUGGAAGUUGCUAAGCACACAAAAGUGGCUUUCACCUCAUACGCCGCGUACUGGUGUGAUACCAUUAAUAUCAUUGCCUGAAUAUGAGCACGUAUAUUGCGAUACAAUAUACAAUGUUACAGUAUCAACUAAUGGGGUGUUGAUCACACCUUCUGGCGAGGCCACGUAUAUUCCGCGUGCUGGUGUAGGUUUUUUAAUAUCACGGACUGGUGACAAUCAGCGAGUAUAUCACAUUGCUGUCUUAACUAGUCGCGCUGAAGUCACUGGUGAAUCGAAGUAUAUUUUGUAUUACAGUGUCGACCGAAAUCAACAUUUGGUAUGUGUCAACUGGUCGAGUCGUUGGGAUGUUGGUGCGCAGUAUCGUUGUAGUUGACUCACGUAUCGCCGAGAGAUCAUAAGCGCAAAACGUGUUUUCUGCUUACAUUCAAGCUUAUGCGUAUUAUUAAAGGUGGUGGAUGUGUAUUGAUUGAUUGAGUUUUGUGCAUCCCAGCAGUAUUAGCACUGAAGUGGACGUGACCCGAAAGUGUCUGCUAUCCGGAAGUGACGGCGGAUGGUACUAGUUCGAUCUAUGCCAACAACUGUACUCUAUCGUUGCUGAGGAGCUGUGUGCUGCCAAGCACGAAUAGCACCGAUUAAAUUGGGCCGCUGCACUUCUCAGGCGAUGAAAAGGUCUCUGAGCAUACAGAAUGGACGUGUGAGAUGUAGCGGGUGUGAUAUCGGGCGCACGCGACUUCUUCACAAUUGCAAAUACUCCUCAAUACACUCUCACGUUAUUUUCGAGGAUCAAAGAGAAUUGGUUGAUACUUCCAUCUAUCUGGUUAAACCAAUUCGCAAUUUCCAACGAGCGAAAGCAAAAGGCUAUAGGUCUAUACUUGCCUUCCAAACAGACAAUUCUGAGGAAACGUAUUCCAUACACUUUCAUAUCCUACUGGUAUUACAGAGGAAAUACUUUAUUGCUGAGUGGGGAGGAUAGGCACAUCGGGAUUGCCAGCUGGAAGUGUGGGCUGCACCAGCGUAAUGUCCUGUACAGUCUCUGCGGUGCUAUUGACCUGUUCAGCAGAUGACGCACCUGGAGUCGAACUCUCUGUGGAACUCUCUGUGUUCAAGACCACGGUGUUGGUUUCACCAGUGGUAGGGAUGCUGGCCGAACUCUUGGAGGUAUCUGUGGCAAUAAAUAGAAGUGACGUCGUGGUUCAAUUGGGCGUGUAAG